AGUGAUUCUUUGUCUCUUUCUCGUUCUCUGCUCAGCUUCCUGGCUCAGAGCCUGCUGCUGGACCGCCUGCAUCGUGAGCCGGGAGCCCGGGCCGAGCCGCUGCUGCUCCCCAGCGGGGUGUGUGCGGGGAGAGCCCUUCCCUAGCGCCCCUCUGUGCCCAGCCGGGGGGACUUUCUCCGGGGGCUGGAACCGGCCCCUGGGGCAGCCCCGGGCUCUGCCGACACCAGUCCCUGAGCCGGAGCCUGCAGGAUUUCUGGUUCCCCAAUGCAAAGUGAUCUCACUGAUGGACGGAGGGGAGGAUCCCCGGGUCCCCAGUCUCCAGGGCUCUGAGGAACAGGAGAUCCCAAGGAGCCCCCGCACAGAUGAGGAAUCAGCUAAGCUGGUUCAGAAACUGUCAGCAAGUGAAGGAAAACAUCUGGGGUUCCCACCAAGGCCCUCAGGUGAUGAGACAGUGAGUGAGAGCAAGGAGGAGAACCCUCAGCAGGAAGGUCCUGAGCAAAUGGAACCACAGGGGGCACUGUCGGGAGAUGCUGAAAAGAACAUUUUCCAGAAUCCUGGGCAGGGAGAAGCCCAUGAGAGUCAGCAGGGAAACCAGCUGGAGGAGAGACGGGGUGAAUCCACACACCAUGUGGGAGCUCUCAAGCACAGCAUGGGUGGUAGGACGCUGCCCAUAGGUGAGAACCAGAGCACCUGCACUGAAUGUGGGAAGCAGUUCAGCCGGAGCUCAUAUCUGGCGCAGCACCAACGGGUGCACACGGGGGAGCGUCCCUAUACCUGUGCCACCUGCGGGAAGAGCUUUGCUGUCAGCUCUGCCCUGCUCCGGCACCAGCGCACUCACACAGGUGAGCGGCCCUACCAGUGCCCCGACUGCCAGUGCAGUUUCAGCCGCAGCUCCCACUUGAUGCGGCACCGGCGCUGCCAUGCACAGGAAGGGCCCUGCCACGGGCUUGGCUUGCCGGGCGAGCGCCCCUUCGCCUGCCUGGACUGCUGGCGGACAUUCAGCCAGAGCUCGGACCUGGUGCAGCACCAGCGGGUGCACACGGGUGAGCGCCCCUACGCAUGCACCGACUGUGGGAAGAUCUUUGGCCGCAGCUCACACCUGCGGCAGCACCGGCACACACAUACUGGGGAGCGCCCCUACACCUGCCAGGAUUGUGGGCGCUGCUUCAGCGAUGGCUCCUACCUCAUCAAGCACCAGCGCACCCACACUGGUGAGAAGCCCUACACCUGCCCUGACUGCGGCAAGGGUUUCAGCGUCAGCUCACAGCUGGUUCGGCACCGGCGCGUCCACACUGGGGAGCGGCCCUACACCUGCUGGGACUGCGGGAAAAGCUUCAGCCAAGGCACAGACCUGGCCACCCACCAGCGGUCCCACACGGGUGAGCGCCCCUACGCCUGCCCUGAUUGCGGGAAGGGCUUCAGCGACAGCUCCUCCCGCAUCCGGCACCACCGGCUGCACAUCCAGGAUGCCCCAUGAUGGGCUGGUCGUGUGAUGCAGUCAAUAUUACCCCGGCAACUAGGACCGGGCCCCUGUUUGAUGGGUGCUGUACACCAUAGAACAAAUUUACCCUAAUUGUGAGUGCAACUGUAAAACAUGCGUAUAACUUCCUAGCAUGUCGCACUAUCAAAGCCCAAUGAACGUUGCUGGGAAAAGGUGCAAGGAGGAGACAGAGUGAAGCAGCCAAAUAAAAAGGCCUUGUGAUGUAACUCAGGGACUGUGUUCGGGUCACGCUGUGUAAACAAGAGACUUGUGGGACCGAAAAUCCAUGAACCAAAAUUGGUGUGUCAGAAAUUAGGCAUAUUGGUAGACAAACUAAUGAGGGGCAGGGCUAUUUGGCCUGUCACUCGCCUUUGGUGGGCCUCAGAUAGAGACUAGGGGGAAAAUGGGCAUGGAUGGAUCCAAAAUGCUGGAUGGGGAAAGGGAAGGAACAAAUGUCACCAUUCUGGUGCCACCCUCACCUGGGACCCUGGGCCUUCACCAUCCUGCCCUGACCAGACGAGCCAGAGAGAGGGACCCAGGGACACUGCCUCUAGCUAAGUCCCAGACACCACCUGAUCUGGCCUGCGCCGAAAGCUCACAUUGGCAUAGCUGUGUCUCUCGAGGGUGUGAAAACCUCACUCUGUAGCUCUGCCGCCCUAGCCUCAGCACAGGCACAGUUUGGGGGAUGGAUGGAUUUUGCCAUUGACAUAGCUACUGCCUUUGGGAGGUGGAUUACUUGUGCUGACUGGAGAGCCCCUGCUGGCUCUAUAGCAAGUGUCUACACGGACUACACCGAAGCACAACAGCAUGUGCAGCUGUAGCUGUGCCACUGUAGCCUUGUAAUUGUAGACAUAGCCGGAGACUUUGUCGACCCCACCCCAUUCUGUCUGUUUCCUUACCCACCUUCCUUUCCAGUACUCUCUUCUUGCCUUCUGUUUAAUGACGGUCAGGCUUAGCUGCCUAAGACUGCAUGCUUUGUAAGAGCGCUGUGAGCCUGUGACCAGAGACAACUAAAAGCAAGGCAGCCCGAUGCUGGUGCGUUGUUGCCGGCUUGUCUGGACUAUGUCUGAACCGUUGCUUUGCUGCGCUGCCGAAGACCAUUCCAUGCAGCAUGCCAGGUGACACGGACCCGCCUCUGAUUUGAAACGGGUUCAUGGAGUCACUGCAGAUACCUGCUGAGGGCCAUUGAUCCUUGAGGGAGUCAGAGUCUUUGAUCAGGAAUCGCUCACAGUUAAGCUUGCUGGACAGCACUCACAGGGAGAAAGUGGGAUACAUCUACACAGCAAGCAGAAACCCAUGGCAGCAAGUCCCAGAGCCUGGGUCUACAGCAGAGAUCCCCAAACUUUGCGUUUGGGGGCACAGCGGGGGUCGGGCCAGCCCCCAUGGGGGGCGGGAAGGGAGCAUCACCCAGUCCUGCUCUGCCCUCAGCUCCACUCCAACCCUGGCCCCAGCCCCUGCCCCAGCCUCUGGCACCUGGCCUGGCUGCAGCAUUGGCUCCUGACCCCACCCCCACCCCACCCACAGCCCCCGGCUCCUGGCCCCAGCUGAAGCUCCAGCCUCAGUCCUUGGCUCCUGACCCCAAACUGCUGUCUGGCUCUGGCCUGGCUCCCAGCCCCAACCGUGCCCCCAUUCCUGGCCCUGGCUCCCAGAUGCCUGGCAACUCUACUGCUCUCAGCAGUGCAGCAUGGCCUGGCCGGCAAAGAGAACAUACUGCAGAUCCCAUAAGGCAAUAGGGGGUGGGGCACAGGCAGAUUACAUUGGGGGUAACAUAACAGAGGGUGUGACAUAAAACAUUUGGGGAGCACUGGCCUGUAGCGUGGGGCUCUGGCAGGCCUUAGAGCUGAGACUAGCUGUAUAGAUGUGGGUGCUCAGGCCUAGGGAGGGCAGAGGGCUUGAGACCCUGAGCGCUCAUGUCUACACAGCUGCUUUUAGCAGCCGUAGCGCAAAUCCUCCAGCCCACGGAUGUGGAGCCAGGCUCUGAGACGUGCUGCCAAAAGCUCUGCUUGCCAUGUAGACUUAUCCAGGAGUGCCAGAAUCCAAGGCUCAGGCUAGGAGUCAUGUGGCCUACCCUUGUAGAAGAGUGGGAUCCCUUGGGGGUCUGGCAACAGGAAGGGGUCCUCCCAAGGGACUCCUUACAAGCUGGGGCACAGCACAGCCCCUAGGGGUCUGUGGCAUCUCCCCACUGCCGUGGGAGCACUGUGAGGGGGAGGGGACGCUCUCUAUGUCCUCUGGCCAGGGUUAUGGCCUAGCCAUUAGAUUACAGCACUCCCAGGACACCCCAUUAGUCACCCCACACCCUCCCCCUGGCUCCUCUGGCCUGGCUGCUCGCUAGGGUUGCCAACUUUCUAUUUUCAGAAAACCAAACACCCUUGCCUCACCUCUGCCCUGAGGCCAGUGCCCUGCCCUGCCCUGCCCCUUCCUGAGGCCACGCCCCCUCCCUCCUCCCUCCGUGGCUCGCUCACUCCCAUCCUCACUUUCUCAUUUUCACUGGGCAGGGCCAGGGGUUGAGGUGUGGAAGGGGGUGUGGGUUUUGGCUGGGGGUGCAGGCUAUGGGGGGGGUUGGGGUGCAGGAGGGGGCUCCAGGCUGGGGCUCAGGAGUUCAGAGUGUGGAGGCUAUGGGUGUGGGAGCCAGUUUGGGUGCAGGAAGGGUCUCAGGGCUGGGGCCAGGGUUUGGAGUGGGGGUGUGGGCUCUGUGCAGGGCCGCCCAGAGGAUUCAGGGGGCCUGAGGCAAAGCAAUUUCA